AUGCUCAUGGCGGCAUAUUACUGCCAGAACUCUGAGGUCUUCCAGCAGGCUACCCGCAGCCUUAUCUUGAAGGUGAAGCAACGCCAUACCUAUGCAUCCCUCAUGACAACGCUCUUGAAGGGGGAACAUUGGAGUGCGCAAUGGCCUAUCUGUGUUGAGCUGGAACGCGCCCGUGGCCACGCUUUAGCUUCCCUCAAUACCGUGGUCGAUCUCUCGUGGACCAACGCGCUUCUUGCCUCCCCUGAAGGUCUUGAUCUCAGGGCCAUGUCAGGCCCCAACGAUACGCUUGCGGAGAGGGUUGCCAAGAGCAUAGCUGCUGCCUUCCUCCGAACCCAUCUGCACUUCAGAAGACAGCAGAACCAAUCCACCAUUGAACUCUGGCACGAACUCAAACGCUUCUGUGGCAUCAAGAAGAUUCGCUCCCAGAAUGGACAGGAGAUUGAGGUGGUGGACCAGAACGAGGCGGAUGAGAACGGUCACACAUACAUGAUGCCUUUUGAGCUUCGGGAACAGCUCUGGCCUGUCAUGAUGCUGACUCACAGGAUGACCCAGUUCAGUUCCUGGCUGCCCUUACUCGUUCAAUUCGCAAACGCGCAGUCCCAAGACCAGGCCCCGCUGCGAGCAGAACCCGACAUCGGUCUUCCCACCCUCAAGCUAGUCGCAUACGUCACGCCAUCAACCGAGGUCGCCAAAGCCUUAGAGCCAGAAUGGGCUGCCGUCAGGUCGUCCGCGACUGAUUUCCCGAUGGAAUGGAUAGACUCCUGUCCCGACGACACAAGAUGCCCAGAUAAUCUCGGCUACCCCGCCAUCAAACUCUACCGCGACCAGACGCCGGUUGCCGAGUACAACGGUCCCCGGACUAGCGACGACAUGCUCCACUUCAUCUCCCGCGCCUCAAGAUCCUCCCACAUCCCCACCAAACUCACACCAGAAGAAGCAGAAUCCUUCAAAACCAUCGACUCCUUCGUCUGCAUCGCCAACUUCCCCCCCUCGGAGUCGAACCUCCGCGAGGCCUUCGAGGCCGUCGCGGAGACGCACUGGACCGAGUUCACCUUCGGCAUCGUGGAGGAUCUUGGAGGAGAUGCAAAAGUAGUCUGUCACAAGCGCGACGACGAGAGCGCGCACACCUGGACCUCGGGUGCCGAGGGCCUCAAGUCCUGGAUCCUCGAGACCUCGCGGCCUGUUAUUUCGGAACUCUCUGUCGCGAAUCGUCAACAUUUACUCGACCGCGCUUGGCCAAUGGUCUACAUCUUCCACCCCGACCCCUCAACCCGCGCCACGCUGCGCUCCCAACUCCACUCCUUCGCAAAGAAGCAAUACGCCUCCCUGACCUGCGUCACCGCUGACCCGGCCUACUUCCCGGACCUCCCCGCCAAGCUCGGCCUCGACCCCGCGAGGGACGGAUGGCCGGCCGGCGCGGUCCACCAGGUGUCCAACGGGCGGAUAUACCCGUACCCGAAGGGGCGUGGGUUCACGCCGGGGGAGCUGCAGAGCUGGGGGCUGGAUGUGUGGCAGGGGCGUGUGAAGGCAUGGACGCCGCCGGGGCAAGAGCCGGCUGCGGAGGAUACCGGAGGUGGUGGUGGGAAUGUGAGGAUCAAACACAUCGGCGUCAACAAAGACAUGGACCCGCUGAGCAAAGAAAUGACCAUCGACAAGCCCAACAUGGUAACGACGACGACGACGACGACCUCGUCGGAAAAGUUCUUCGAGGUGCGCUCGCCCGCCAGCUUCGCGGCGCGGAUGUGGUCGCGCAACCAGCACAGCGGCGUCCCCGUCGUGCCGGACGGCGACGUGAUCCUCGUCGUCGGGCUGGGCGAGGAGACGGCGGAGCUGCGCGUGGACUCGCUCAUCCUCAAGCGCGCCUCGAGAGUGUUCAACGCGAUGCUGUCGUCGCGCUUCAGGGAGGGCCAGAAGCUGCUCGACAGGGGCGGGGAGCCCGUCAAGAUCAACCUGCCCGACGAGGACCCGGAGAUCAUGGAGCUCAUCCUGAACAUCCUGCACCACCAGAACUCGCGCGUGUGUCAGAUCGCGGCGGCGGAUUCCGUCCUGGAGGUCGCGGUCGUCGCUGACAAGUACGACCUCGUGGACGCUCUGAAAUAUGCGUCGCAGACGAUGCUUCUGUACCACGAGCCGUCGAUCGAGCAUCUGACCGUCGGCGACCUGUGGCGGUUGGGUCUGGCGGCGGGGUUGCUCAAUGAGAGCAAGGCUUUUGAGAAGGUUACGAGGAUGCUGGUUUGGAAUCACACGGUGCCGUUCAUCCAGCUCGUGGACGCGGAAGACGUCGUCGACAUUGAGUUUGGGCUGCGGUUGUGUUAUCUGUUGGAGAAGGAGAGGCAAGACCUGAAGACUUCUUUGCUGCAGCACCUCCUCCCCAUCAUCUCCACGGGAAACCAGCUCCGUCUGGUCGAGAUCAAGGUCGACUCGGCGGAGCACUUUGACGCGUGGCCGGAGUUGAUGAAGCUGUUCGGGGCCAGCCUCAACGAGAUGACCAGAUUCGCCGAGGGGCUCGUGCUGGCGGACCGGAGCCGGCGCGCCGCGGGGCCCAACUCGGAUUACAUGAGGCACUUCAGAAGUCGAGGCGGGAUACGUCUGGCGGACGCGCGGAAGGGACGAGACUGCUGA